AUGAUAGGCCUUGAUCUAGGGGGCUUUAGGCUUGAGCAAAACCGGAACUUCAGGGGCUGCUACCCUGAAGGCUCAAAGGCAUCAACCACUGAUAGUGGAACUACUGCCUAUAAUGUGGAUUUUAAGUGCCAUACGGCGGGUCAAAACAAGUCUCUAUUGACGGAAAAGUUUGAAGAGCCCAGCCCAAUUCUACCUUGCCAUUGCAGUGUGAUGGGGGCAAACAUAACCAAUUGGGCAGAUUCGACUAAAUCGACCCGAUUGCACCAGAAUACAACCGACGAGGAGCAAGAUCCCGAUCCCACGCUCUAUUGCUCUAUUGCCAUUCGUGCCAACUUGCCUUGCCUUGGACCUUACGCCUGCAAGCCAUGCGCCAGAGAAACAGCCGGGCGCCAUUCUGAUUAA